UAGCAAGGUAGUUAGAUCCAGAGCCGUCUUUCCUUAAUUUGGCGACUCCUAGGUUUAUAAAAAGGUUGUCUCAACUCCAUUGCAUGCAUGAUUGGUAUUUCCUUGGCGAAGAAAAUGGUGGCGGAAAUGGGAAUGGGGAUGUCAAUGAGAGCGGGAAGCUCAGGUUACUUGGAGAUGCAUCCCGAACGCAAAAUCACCUUUUUCCAGAACCCCUACAUCGUUGGUAUCACUUUCGCCGCUGGCCUCGGUGGUCUUCUAUUCGGCUACGAUACUGGCGUUGUGUCCGGCGCUCUUCUUUACAUAAAAGAGGAUUUCGAGCUGGUGAGGAAUAGCAGCUUCAUUCAGGAAGUAAUUGUUGGGAUGGCGUUGAUCGGUGCUAUUUUCGGUGCUGCAAUUGGUGGCGUAAUCAAUGAUCAUCUGGGACGCAAGACCGCCACUAUCAUUGCGGACAUAUGCUUUGGCGCAGGCUCAGUAAUAAUGGGUUUGGCAGGCAACCCUUACGUGAUCAUAUUCGGUCGUUUUCUGGUGGGUCUGGGUGUUGGGUCGGCCUCUGUUACCGCUCCUGUCUACAUUGCAGAAGUAUCUCCAUCUGAAAUCAGAGGAGGACUUGUCAGCGCUAACACACUUAUGAUCACUGCUGGCCAGUUUCUGUCCUUCAUCGUCAACUAUGGCCUCACCAGAGUUCCCGGGACAUGGCGUUGGAUGCUUGGUCUCUCUGGCUUCCCAGCUGUCCUUCAGUUUGUCCUCAUUUCCUUUCUCCCCGAGUCCCCUAGAUGGCUCUACAUGAAGAACCGGCGUGAGGAAGCUAUUCUUGUUCUCUCUAAGAUCUACUCCUCUCCCCGCUUGGAGGACGAGAUUAAAAUUCUAGAUGAUCUUCUUCUGCAGGAGCCUGAGAGCAAGGCCUCGGUCAAGUAUACUGAUGUUUUCACCAACAAAGAAAUCAGAGUUGCUUUCACUUUUGGGGCUGGACUUCAGGCUCUGCAGCAGUUUGCUGGUAUCAGCAUCAUUAUGUACUACAGUCCCACCAUCAUUCAGAUGGCCGGUUUCAAAUCAAACCAAUCAGCUCUCUUCCUUUCCCUCAUUGUUUCUGGCAUGAAUGCCGCUGGCACAAUCCUUGGCAUCUACCUCAUCGACCUCGCCGGCCGCAAAAAGCUCUCUCUUGGUAGCUUGUCUGGCGUGCUUGUGUCCUUGAUCAUUCUCUCCACAUCCUGCUAUCUUAUGGGUCAUGGCAACACGGGUCAAACACUUGGAUGGAUUGCUAUCUUGGGUUUGGCUUUGUAUAUUCUUUUCUUUGCUCCCGGUAUGGGUCCUGUGCCAUGGACUGUGAACUCAGAGAUUUACCCUGAAGAGUAUAGAGGCUUGUGUGGUGGCAUGUCAGCAACCGUGAACUGGAUUUGCAGUGUCAUCAUGUCCACCAGCUUCCUUUCAGUGGUUGACGCCAUAGGGCUUGGAGAGAGUUUUAUCAUUCUUUUGGUGGUAUCUGUCAUUGCAAUUGUUUUUGUCAUCUUCUUGAUGCCAGAGACCAAAGGAUUGACAUUUGAGGAAGUGGCAUACAUAUGGAAGGAGAGGGCCUAUGGGAGGGACAAAACCACAGCGAGCCUUGCUGAGAAAGAAGCUUUGAGUUCAUAAUACUGUUGUAACAAUUAACGCUCAUCCUUUCUCCAUGUGAUGAGGAUAUGGAUCAAUGAAGCCUCUGCUCUGUGGAGCGCGUUAGAGGCGGAGAGAGAGUG